UUUGAUAUGACGAUCGAGUGCCGUUGGGCUGUGAGACCGUCUUUUUCUGCCAAAGAAACCUCUGGUGGACGGUCAGAACUGCCUGCAAAGCCCAGGGGGGAUGAGGGAAAGCAGAGCCUGCCAGACGCGAAAAAGACGGUCCUCAUGGGCGCUAAGACGGUCGCAUAGCUUUCCAGGUCUGCAUGGCCUGCUCAUGCCUGCUACUGUCAGCAGUCCUGAAAUGGACGACAUCACCGAGGACUUCACUGCGGAACAAGAGACUAUGCUCGCUGAACCAUGCAAGAGCAACACGAACAUCGAUACGACAUUGCAGCCUCCAUCUCUUGGGGCCGAGCGAAGAUUUUUCAGCAAAAAGCCACGGUCUGAUACACCGUGGUUGAUCGUGGCCUGGAUCAUGAGUGCGUGUGACUCAAUCAACCUCGAUGGCACACCCAAGCCAUCUCAUGUCGAGCGGGGCACCUAUGGGCAUGCACAGAAGAUGCGGGCGUCCAUGACAUACGCAUUUGGGAGGCUUAGUGGUCUAGGCAAUCUGACAUGGCACGAGUCGGAUAUUGGAGGUGGGCUGAUGGUUGGAAACCCUUCCAUUUCCAUCGAGGUAUCAUCCUACAUGUGCUCGCUCCGCAGGCGCAAGGUGCAAGCGGGCGAGGUUGCAAACAGUGCCCGGGCUAUUACCUCGUUGACAGGAAAUAUUGCUAAAACUGUAUCAUUACAACCACCUCCCCGAAAAUUGGACCAUUCGUGCCUACCAGCCUGGCGAGCGCGUGCGUGGUGGCUCUGGUAAUGACCUGAGUCGAUGGGGUGGUGGGCGUGUACGGCGGCUUCUGUCAGCUGCCUAUACUGUGGCAUUCAUAUGCAUGCUUCGUUUUGACGAGGUUCUGAAGAUACAGGUACACGAUCUUCGCGUGCACGAUACCCAGAUAGU